AUGGGGGUGGUUGUGGUGGGAGAGAGUCGGGGGAGGGUGCUGGGGGGAGGCUUGUCGGUAUGGGAAACAAGGGUGGCGGCGGUGUUAGCGGUGAAGGCAGGGCGCGGUAGCAAGUGUGGUUGUCAAAGAGCAGCGAGUCGCGUUGGUGUUUAG